AUGGUUACCAAAAAUGCUUGUUUUGUUUUUACCUCUUCAAAAAAUUAUCUUCUUCUUCUUCCUUUUUCUUCUUCUUCCUUUUUCUUCUUCUUCCUUUUUCUUCUUCUUCCUUUUUCUUCUUCUUCCUUUUUCUUCUUCUUCCUUUUUCUUCUUCUUCCUUUUUCUUCUUCUUCCUUUUUCUUCUUCUUCCUUUUUCUUCUUCUUCCUUUUCUUUUCUUCCUUUUCUUCUUCCUUUUCUUCUUCCUUUUUCUUCUUCUUCCUUUUCUUCUUCUUUUUCUUCUUCCUUUUUUCUUCUUCCUUUCUUCUUCUUCCUUUUCUUCUUCUUCCUUUUUCUUCUUCUUUUUUUUUUUCUUCUUUUUUCUUCUUUUUUUCUUCAGGCCAAUUCAGACUUUGUACUUUUCCCCGUGUCUGUCCGUCUUCGUUAUUUUACCGCCGUGUCUGUCCGUCUUCGUUAUUUUACCGCCGUGUCUGUCCGUCUCCGUUAUUUUACCGCCCGUGUCUGUCCGUCUCCGUAAUUCCCCCCCCUCGUGUCUGUCCGUCUUCGUAUUCCCCCCCCCCCUCGUGUCUGUCCGUUUUCGUAAUUUCCCCCCCUCGUGUCUGUCCGUCUUCGUAAUUUCCCCCCCCUCGUGUCUGUCCGUCUUCGUAAUUUCCCCCCCCUCGUGUCUGUCCGUCUUCGUAAUUUCCCCCGUGUCUGUCCGUCUUCGUAAUCCCCCCCGUGUCUGUCCGUCUCCCCUUGCUACUCAUAACCUCCCCACCAUUCUUUUUUUUUCUCUACCUCUCAUGUACACCCUUUCCCUCCUCUUCUUUUUCUCUUCCUCCCUCCCUUUUUUCUCACUUUCUCUCUCUCCCUUGCUUUUUCUCUCACUCCCCCUUUCUCUCUCUCGAUUCCCCUCUGUUUCUGCUACUCUUUCCCCUUCUGUUUUCCUUUCUCUACCUCUUUCCAUCCCUCUUACUUACAUCCCUGAUAGACUACUCUCUUACAUUCUUCACCGACUUUCACCCAAAUGUAUCUGA